AUGAAUCAGACUGCCACUGCGGGGGAGUUUAUUUUGCUGGGAUUUCCCCUCAGCAGGCAGGUGGAGUUGUUGUUUUUGGUGGUGCUGCUGCCCAUGUUCCUGCUGACCCUGCUGGGGAACCUGCUGAUCAUCUCUAUUGUGCUGUCCGACUCCCACCUCCACACCCCCAUGAACUUCUUCCCGUGCAAACUCUCUAUCCUGGACAUCCUCUUCACCUCAGUCAUUUGUCCAAAAGUGUUGGCCAAUUUAGCAUCUGGGAAUAAAACCAUCUCCUUUGCUGGGUGUAUCACCCAGUGCUAUUUCUACUUCUUCCUGAGCACAGUAGAGUUUCUUCUGCAGACAGUCAUGUCGUAUGGUCGCUAUGCUGCUGUCUGUUACCCACUGCAGUACAGCAUCAUCAUGAGACCUUCUGUCUGCAUUGGGACCAUUGUGUUCUCUUGGGUGGGAGGCAUCCUAUCUGUGCUCUUCCCAACCAUCCUCAUCUCCCAGCUGCCCUUCUGUGGUUCCAACAUUAUUAAUCACUUCUUCUGUGACAGUGGCUGUGCAGACACCACUGCCAUUGAGCUGAUGGAGUUUAUGCUUUCAUCCACCAUCAUUCUCUGCUGCAUAGUCCUUGUGGCCUAUUCCUAUAGGUACAUCAUCUUGACAAUAGUGCACAUUCCUUCCUCAGGUAGAAGGAAGAAGGCCUUUAACACCUGUGCUUCCCACCUGACAAUAGUCGUGAUUUCUAGUGGCAUCACAGUGUUUAUCUAUGUGACACCCUCCCAGAAAGGAUAUUUGGAGGUCAACAAGGUUCCUUCAGUCCUUCAGUACUGAGCAGUGUUAUGCCUCAACCCCUUUAUAUAUACUCUGAGGAAUGACACAGUGUUGGGGGUCCUCAAGGAUGUCAGGGUCAGGGUUCAAGCAGUUUUAGAAAAGGUGGACCGACCCCCUGGCUACUUUCCCAUGAGACUGGACUGGGGAACUCCGGAAAAGACCUUGGAACUGUCUUCAAGAUCUGAAGAAGUGAUUUGUUACUCCCACCUCACCUCUGACCAAUCAGCUGUCAGCACGACCUGCAACCCCUAA